AUGUCGUCCGCAAAUCUACUUCCUCCAUUAAUUCUUUAUCGUCAACUUUUGAGAGCUCACAGGAAACUCCCUCCUUCCUUUCGUUCACUUGGUGAUGAUUAUGUAAAAUCUGAAUUUAAACGACACAAAAAUAUAACAAAUCCUAUUCAUAUUGUUGG